CACAUUACUUCUCUCUGUAAACUUCAUCUUCGUAUAAACCAAUACACAUCUCUCUCUCUCUCCACUAUAUAUAUAUAUAUAGACAAGUACGUAUAUUACAUAAAUACAAAUACGUAUAUAUGUGUGUAUAGUAUAUAGAGAUUUCUGGGUUUAGCUUAAAAAGAGCGACCAAUUCAAUGGAAGGAAGAAAGAAGAAGGCUUCAUCUUCCUCUUCCUCCUCUCCUCCUUCUUCUUCUUCGUUAACCUCUGAGCUUUUUGGUUCUAGAGAGAACCCUUCUUCUCCUUCUUCCUCUUCUGGGAUUUUCGGAUCCAUUUUUGCUCCUCCUCCUAAGGUUCUGGGUAGAGAAUCUAUGCGACAAGAGACUGUGACUGGUGGCUGGAACGACAAAACCUCCAAAUCUGGUGAUGUUGAUAGAAACAGGGAACAGCAGGAGAAUCUUGGUUCAGCUUAUCAGCAGGAUCAGAGAGUACAACCUUGUCAUCUGAGUUCUUCCAUCUAUUACGGUGGCCCUGAUGUUUAUUUCCAGCCUCAGAAUCCCACCGUCAACUCUACGAACAAGAAAGAUGGAGGCGAAGAUGAUUCCGGAAGUGCAUCAAGAGGAAAUUGGUGGCAAGGAUCUCUGUAUUAUUAAGUAGAGAUCUUACUACGUGAGCAACUGUUAUAACUACAAAAGCAAGGUAAAUAGGAACAAAAAGAAAGGAAGAUAGGAGUAGCUGUGGAUCCGUUGUUUUUAGUAACUUCUCAUCUUAUUAUUACAAAAGUAUGGAAGAAGUUUGAAGCUAGCUAGCUACUUGCAAAACAGGGGAGUGUUUUUUUUUUCUUUUUUUCUUUUUGGCCCUUGUCGUGGUUUAGCGAUUGACCCGACCGGUUCAGAUUUAAGUUUCCCUUAAUUACAUAGAUAAACCGUUGAUGGUUUUGUACAAAAACGCUGUAGUAUAGAUCUCCAGUUUCCACGCAUAUAAAUAAAGUAAACUCUUUUUGGUUCUGUUUCA